GAGGGAGAACAUGAGAAAGGUACCGCGAAAGUCGAUAGACUAUUACAUACUGCCGAACAAGAUCUUGUGCAGUGUGCUCGGAUCUUCACUUGCGGAGAAGAAAUAUACGACUAGUGGAAAAAUAUUUGCAUAUUUCCGUCUCAUAGUGGCGAUUGCGGCAGUCGGCAGUAUUUUUGUGCCUCAAAUCAUGCUUGUUGCGGUGAAUUGGGGUGAUCUGAAAAUUCUAACAGAAUCCGGCUGCGUGAUAACAUCACUUGGACAGUAUAUAUUCAAGCUGAUUUACAUAGCAGCCAGAAGAGACAGAGUGGAAAGACUGUAUAAGGAACUAAGAAGUCUUUGGGACUCGACAGAUGAUCCUGAGGAAAUGAAGUGUUACGAACAGUUUGCAUACUGGGGAAGAAUAUGUACAUUAGUGUACUUCACAAUGGGCAUAUGUAUUACGAUCAUCUUCACCACUGCAGCAGCCGUUGAUUAUUUUACAAUAGACUACACAGACAAUAGCAAUGAUAAAACCCGGCAUUUACCAUUCGAAGUCUGGUACGGGACAGAUGUCACAGAAUCUCCUAAAUUCGAGAUCGCCUUUGUUUGCCAAUUUGUGGCAGCAAUGAUGAUCAGUGCCGGACUUUGGGGUGUUGAGACCACGUGUAUGACCACGCUUCUCCACGUAUCAGGUCAAUUUAAAUUAAUUAACACAUGGAUCAGUAGCAUCGUAAUUGAAAGCAAUUUUGAGCCGACAGAUCAUUGCCGUAAUUAUCAGUCGAACGUAGAAGCAAACUUGGUCAAAUGUAUUCGUCAUCAUCAGCGAGUAAUAAAUUUAGCGGAUGAGGUUAAUAAUCUAUUAACACCCAUUAUUUUUAUGCAAAUCCUCACAAGUGGUAUUGAGAUUUGUUUAAGUGGAUUCGCAGUGAUUGUUAAUAACACAAGAGGUGAACUCUUCAAGUCUGCAUUUUAUUUAACUACUAUGAUGACACAGUUGUUGCUCUGGUGUUACCCUGGUGAAAUACUCAUUCAGGAAAGUCAAGAAAUAGGGGAUAUUGUUUAUUUGAAUGUGCCGUGGUAUAAAUUACCACCGGUUUAUCGGAGACAGCUUCUCCUUAUAAUAUUAAGGUCACAGAAGUGUUGCAGUAUCUCAGCAUUAACCUUUGAGAGACUGUCUUUUCAGACUAUAACAAACGUAUUCAAUACAGCAGCCUCUUAUUUUGCUCUAUUACGACAAAUGCAAGCACCGUGAAUGUCAAAG